AUGGACAACGCUUCUCACUCCAGAAUCCUUGAGCCGAUCGAUCCCAAUUCAGUAUCACUGAUAUCCUCAUCUUCCGGUUCCAACCUUUACAGCGGGAUACAGGAUGAAACAUCUCAUUCACCAUUUAGGACGCCUGGCAGUCCCAGCGUUGUCGAUAGCGAAGGUGCCUUAACAGCCAAAUGGCAAUUUGAUCGAAAAGAGUUUGAAUUUAAGAGCAAUAGCACCCCUUCCAGAUCAAUUGAUCCGCAGCAUCAAAAGAUUCUACAUGUAAGGAAAAGACGCUCACAGUUAAUGGGCGCAAAACCAAGGGUACCUUCUAAACUUCACCAUUCUACUUCUAAGCUGGACUUACUAGAUAAGGAGAAAUUGACAAGUUUUCCCAUACCACCACCUCGUGGUUCUCAGCCGAGCCAAAACGUGAAGAGAUUGAAGCUCAAUCCUAUCAAUGAAAUUCGGAUACACAACACAAAAGAGGAUAGGCGCAUCAGUUAUGGUUUCCCUGGCAAACGUGGCCCUCUCCAGGAGGAAGAAGGGGACGAGGAUGACAGCAACGAGCAUCCCAUAGUACUUGUUGAGGAUUAUAUACCGAUAGAAGAAUGGAGCCGCGGGAAUGCGGCCGGAAAGAGGCUAUCGCUGUCCAAUUUGAGAUCUAAGAUGAGUAAGAGAAGUGACAUGCAUUUACCUGUAAGAUUAAUAAACACUAGCAGAAAAGAAUGCUCCAAAACUCCCAGCUCCUCUGUAACAUUGAUUCCCCAUAUUCUAGACGAUAAUUUCAUGCAUGAAGAUUCUGUCUGCAGUUUGCAGGAGAAUGGCGCUCAAACGCUCAGUUUGAGGGAUGAUGAAGCAGUAUCGUCAUCAUUCCAACAUAUGAUUCGGAGCUUAAUCAAAAAUGAAGAAAAGGAGGAUAGCGACGAGUAUUUAUCCGGGCUGCGAUUAAACUCAAGCCUAAAGAAAUGUGUCGUUUGCGAGAAACCGCUGUAUGAAAUAAGUUCCAUAUUGGGUGAGGCAAGCCAUUUCAAAGAGAUUGUCUGCGAUAAGUGUACCGAAAGAUAUGAGGAAGCCGCCAAAAUCUUCGAGGACUAUGAGUUUGAGACAUCGCUGGACUCUUCGCAUGAUUCCUCCCUCAAUAGCUUGGAGGGUGCAGUCCAGCUGUCGCACACAGAAAAUCCUGAGCAGCAAGUUACAUCUUUCACAGCACAGCAGAGAACAAGAUUUUCAAACGAGCUUAUCCGGAGAUUACAAUUGCAGUCAUCUGGUGUUUCAACUCCUCAGCGUAAAGACAAUCUUGACAAUGGGUUGCUUUUAUGGUUUAUGGAGGCCAAGAAGAGAAUUACUGAACUACUAACAAAAAACCGAAACGCAGCCAGCGGAGUGAGCAAAUAG